CGCCGCCGCCGCCAUGGCGUUCACGUUCGCCGCCUUCUGCUACAUGCUGGCCCUGCUCCUCACCGCCGCCCUCAUCUUCUUCGCCAUCUGGCAUAUUAUAGCUUUUGACGAACCGAAGACUGACUACAAGAAUCCCAUAGACCAGUGUAAUAUGCUCAACCCUCUUGUACUUCCCGAGUACCUCAUCCAUGCAUUCUUCUGUGUAAUGUUUCUGUGUGCGACAGAAUAGCUUACGCUGGGUCUCAAUAUGCCGUUGCUGGCUUACUACAUUUGGAGGUACAUGAGCAGACCCGUAAUGAGCGGACCGGGACUUUAUGACCCCACCACAAUCAUGAAUGCAGAUAUUUUAGCGUAUUGCCAGAAGGAAGGAUGGUGCAAACUAGCAUUUUACCUUCUGUCCUUUUUUUACUACCUAUAUGGCAUGAUUUACGUUUUGGUGAGCUCUUAAAAGCGGAUGCCCGAUGGACUGGGUUCCAGCAAAGUGAAUGCAGAAAAGCCGCCAGACACGGGAGUAUUUUCCAAGAAGAAGCUAUUAUCAAG